CUCAGUGCCGAAGACGGUUCGAGCGCUACGAUCCCUACCCGUUUGUAUGAUGAAGGUGAUGUGAACAUAGUGAUGUCAUGUCACCUAGCUCCUGAAGCUCUCCCCAAGCUGCUUAGCUACCACCUACAACAUAGCUCGAAAACAGCAUCAACUCGAUUCAAUCAAUCAAUCAGCCAAACUUCUUUCCCAAUCUUACUUUCAAGGUCCCCUUUCAAAAAACACCCCACUCCUCCAUCAAUUCCACAUCAUGUCCUUCCUCCGCCCCCUGUCCAAGCUCCGCCCAUCCGCAGCAGCUUUCCGGCCUGCGCUGACCACGACGGCCCCCCGAGCUGCUACACAGCAAGUACGCUUCGCAACGCAAGACUACGGCUCCGGCGAAGGCAACCCGGCAGGCGAGAACCCUCAAGCACAAGGCAAGCGUGGCCGCGAGGACCUCGAACACCCCGGCCCCGCUCCCCCAAAAGUAGCACAGAAAGACUCCAAGCAGACAUCUUCGUCUUCCCAAAAGUCAGACAGCAGUGGGGAGAAGGCGUCGUCGACAGGUAAAGGAAGUGAGAAGUCUAGCAGCAGCAGCAGCAAGCAAGGUGCGCAGCCAAAGAUCCUUAACGAGAACCCACCCAGCAAGGACAAGGAGAGUGCAGAUGUGAAGAGGCAUAACGAGGAGAUGGAUCAGAGGGCUGAGAAGGCGCAUGAGCAGGUUAGCAACGAGGAGGCGAAGAACGACAAGGUGCCCAAGAAGUUUUGGAAAGGCCAAGGAGGGAGAGACGAGGAGCCGUGA